UAUAUUCCCCAUCUACUCUCUAGACAAACCUAUAUUCCUCAUCUACUUUCUAGGCAAUUUUAUAUUCCUCAUCUAAUAUCCAGACAAACCUAUAUUCCUCAUCUACUAUCUAGACAAACCUAUAUUCCCAAUCUACUAUCUAGACAAACCUAUAUUCCUCAUCAACUCUUUAGACAAACCUAUAUUCCUCAUCUAAUAUCCAGACAAACCUACAUUCCUCAUCUACUAUCUAGACAAACCUAUAUUCCUCAUCUACUAUCUAGAUAA